CUCUCUCCCCGUUCUCCCUUCGUGCUGCAAUUAUGCAUCGGAACCCCUGGAUCUCCAGUUAUCUCGGCCACAUCCAGUACGGUGGGCAAGGGUUUGGAGGAGAAGCUGCAGUCAAACUUGGUAAUUCAAAGGUACUUGAGAAGAGAUCACUGCGUUUUCAGAAAGAGUUUUCUUUUGAAGAAAAGGAUAAACCCACUUGGAACACAAAGGAUAUAGAUGUUAAUCUCUUGGGCAUCUUGCCAAAAGUUUCAGAGCUAAGGAAACGCUUUGAACUCAACACCCCACUUGGCUUGGAAAUGAACAGGAAGGAGAGGAUUGCCCGCCGUCUGGAGGGCAUUGAGAAUGACAUUCAGCCCACACUUCUGCCCAGCUGUGGUGGACCAGUGACUGGUCGGCUGCUGGAAGAGGACACGCCACGGUACAUGCGUGCCUCUGACCUCUGCGAACCUUGUGGUGUUUCAGCCCAACAGUACACCAAAGAGGGACUGGAUAGUCCUGAAAUGCAAGCCCCUGCUGCUGAGAGACAGUCUAGAGCUCAGUGCCGAGGAGAUCCGCAUGGCACCCUUAUGGGCUCCACGCAGAGUUCAGACCCGGCGGGACUGGACUCAAAGGCAGAGCGGAUAGCUCGGUACAAGGCAGAGCGUCGUCGACAGCUUGCAGAGCGCUAUGGCAUCUCCUUGGAGCAGGAGCCAGACACAAACUACACGUCCCGGUACACUCGGCUGCGCAAAGAGCCAGAAGUUGAGGAAAGCGGUGAGAAAGUCCCUGUAACCACCAGCAGUAGCUUGAUCUGGGAGCAAGGAGGCAGUAUGUCGGAGCGAGAAUGGCAGCUGAACCUGGAGAACUACAGGCGGGGCCAGGACCGCAGUGCUUCCUACAUGGACUUGUCAUCCCCUGUUGCGGUGCACCGCUCCCCCCUGAUGCCUCCAGGGGAGCGGUUCAGUGAGCAGCUGGUGCAGAGUGGCUCCAACAAGCAAGGAAUUAAAGUUAGAGAAAAGAUGGCAAAGGAAGCUGCUUGGGAUGGUCCUGAACUGCCAUUGGACCCAUCAUUCUCCAGGAGGGCGUUUCCUCGAGCUGAAUGUCUCCCCCAGCUUGGCAUGCACUCCUUAGGGUGGCCUGCUGCCUCGCAACCUGAGGACUGCCAGAGUUACCUGUCUGUGCCACGCAUGUCCUUGGUAAAGACAGUUGAGGAGCCAGAGAGGAUGGGCCCCAAAAGCAACAUGUGUGCGGAGGGUCUACUGAAGAGUAGAAAGGCAGUGCUGCCAUCUGAGGUGCGUCGCCGGGAGAGGAGUCGGGAGGAUCCACGACGAGGGCGAGCUGAGCGCGAGCCCAGUGGCUGCGUGCCAGACUACAGCGUCCAGGAGAGCCAGCGGCAGGGCGACACUGCGGUCUACCUCCAGAGAUGGCCAGGAGCUGCUCCCUUGGAUCCUAGUGUGCUAGAGGUUGAAAUGCCAGACGGGAAGCCCAAAUUGCUGAAGCACUCAUCAGAAAUGGCUGCCUCAUGGACAGUGCCAGUGGGGGCCCUGGACUCAGAUGCAGGACAGGAUCUGGUGUUCCGCAGCACCGAGGGAGGAGUGGCUAACGGAGAGCACAGCACCUUGGGUACUGGGGUUUCUGUGGCCCAGCUGCGUCUCUCCUACCUGGAGAACACAGUCACCAAGAUGCCUCAGCUGUCUUGUCCCAGUCCUGACCUGCCAAAUACUGAAGUAGAUGAGGAGAAGCUAGAUGAGCGUGCAAAGCUCAGCGUGGCAGCCAAGAGGUCCCUCUUCAGGGAGCUGGAGAAGAACAUGGAGGGGGGGCCGCCAAAGCCCCGCUCCCGAAAUGCAGCCGUGGAGCGAAGACUAAGGAGAACCCAGGACCGCUCGCGCACACAGCCCGUCACCAGUGAGGAGGUGGUCAUUGCUGCCACUGUCCUCUCCACACACACACAACCUGCAACAAUAUGUGACACGAUGGCAUGCAUCCCAAGCCCUACUGUGGUCAACAGCACAGCAGUGCACUGCAGCCUACAGGCUUCCUCGCAUCAGGUUGCUGUAUCCCAGGAGCAGUUGAAGGAUUCUGGGCCAAUGCAGGGGUCCAGUGAGGUGCGUCCAGCCGAGGAGGCAUCUGAGGAGCCUGAUCUCUCUACCCUCAGUCUGGCUGAGAAGAUGGCCCUUUUCAACAGGCUGGCACAGCCAGCCACCAAGGUCACCCGCACCAGAGCAGACCUCCGUCAGCGCAGGGCCAAUGCCCGCUACCAGACCCAACCCAUUACUCUGGGAGAGGUGGAGGAGAUCCAGAAUAGUGGAGGGUCCAAACUCGGACCAUUCGUCCAGUCUGUGGUCAAUUCAAUGGCCACAGUCUCCAGCACGCAUGCGGGUGACAUCCACUUGGCCAAGGGUUCCCUCGGAUACCCCCAGGGUCACAUGGAGAUGCAACCUGAGAGCAACGAUGGGGGCGGAAGCAAGAAGCUCCCUUGUCCAGAGGAGGGUGUCCAGCAACCCUCGCAGCCUGCCUACAGGUCUGAGACAGAACCGCUACCCCUGUGGAGGAGCCCUUCUGAGAAGGGGGAUGCCCUGCAGAAGGCAGAGAGGCGAGAGCAGCAGCUUCACUUUGAGGAUAUGCGGGUAUCGGAGAAUAGCUUUGCAUCAAAGCCCCCCAGCUCAGGCACGUUAGUUUGCACGAGGCUGCCAGAGCCCAGUGUCUCAGAAAGAUCAGCUACUGCAACACCAUUGUGGCGGAAGGUCUCUCCUGAUCCUUGCACUCCCAGCUCUCUGCCGCAGGAGUGGAGCAACACUGGCAGCCCAGAGCCUGGUGAGGGGCAAUCUGAGGACAUGACUGCUCGACAGAUCUCGGUCAAAGAGAGGCUGGCCUUACUAAAGAAGAGCGGGGAGGAGGACUGGAAGAACCGCAACAACAAGAAGCAGGAGGUGGUGAUGGUGGCUGUUUCAGAGCGGCAGGCACGGCUCUGGGAGCUGGAGCAGAACUUCAAGAAGAAGAGGUUGGGACAGGAGGUGGAAGGCCAGCGGAUCGAAGCACAGAUGACCAUUGAGGAACGGAAGCAGUUGAUCCAGGCCCGGGAGGAUGCCUGGAAGGCCAAGGGGAAGGGAGCGGCCAAUGAUUCCACUCAGUUCACAGUGGCUGGACGUAUGGUCAAGAAAGGUUUGGCAGCUCCAUCAGUCAUCAGCCAGGUCAUGUCCCCCAUCUCCAUGAAAACAAAGAGCACCACACCUGCCAUUUCAAAGCCUCAAGAAGAUAUUGAAGCCAGACCUGACAUGAAUUUGGAAUCAGACAGAAAGCUUGACAAACUGGAGUCAUUCUUGGGCAAGCUGAAUAAUAGAUUAUCGGGCUUACAGGAGACCACACUGACAGUGACAGAGAAGUCCAUUAAAGAGGUGAUGAAGCUGGACGAUGAGGUCUUCUCCAGGUUUUACAGUCACAUGGAGGACUUCCCUCACAUGAGAAGUGCCUUGGACAUUGACGAUGACUUUGAUGCUAUAUUUGAUCCCCAACUCCCCAAGUUAACUUCAGCCAUGGUAGAGCACAAGCGGGCGGUGCGCCCUGUCCGUAACGUCCAGGCGUCCAAGAACCCGCUGAAGAUGCUGGCGGCGCGCGAGGACAUUCGCAAUGAGUACACGGAGCAGCGGCUCAAUGUGGCCGUGCUGGAAUCAAAGAGGAUGAAAGCUGAGAAGAUGAGCAAGAACUCUGGCUAUUCAGAGGUGGCUUUGGCAGGUCUGGCCAGCCGGGAGAACUUCAGCAGUGUCAGCCUGCGCAGUGUCAACGUUUCUGAGCAGACGUCCAGCAGUGCCGUGCCAUAUAAGAAACUCAUGCUCCUGCAGGUCAAAGGCCGUCGGCAUGUCCAGACCAGGCUGGUGGAGCCACGUGCCUCUUCGCUCAACAGCGGGGACUGCUUCCUCCUGAUCACCCCCAGACACUGCUUCAUCUGGACUGGGGAGUUUGCCAACGUCAUCGAGAAGGCCAAGGCUAGCGAACUUGCCACUUUCAUCCAAACCAAGCGGGAUCUGGGCUGCAGGGCCGAUUACAUUGAAACCAUUGAGGAGGGAAUCAACACUCAUACACAUGCAGCCAAGGAGUUCUGGAAGAUUCUGGGUGGACAGGCCAGUUACCAGUCUGCUGGAACGCCAGAGGAGGACGAGCUGUAUGAGAACUCCAUUGUGGAGACCAACUGCAUCUACCGCCUGGUGGAGGACAAACUAGUCCCUGUUGAUGACUACUGGGGGAAGGUUCCUCGAUGUUCUCUGCUCAACUCCAAAGAGGUUCUGGUAUUUGACUUCGGAAGUGAGGUAUAUGUAUGGCACGGCAAAGAGGUAACGCUGGGGCAGAGGAAGGUAGCCUUCCAGUUGGCCAAACACCUGUGGAACGGCACCUUUGACUACACUAACUGUGACAUCAACCCCCUGGACCCAGGAGAGUGCAACAAGCUUAUCCCGAGGAAAGGGCAGGGGCGGCCUGACUGGGCCAUCUUCGGCAGGCUGACGGAGCACAAUGAGACGACCCUGUUCAAGGAGAAAUUUUUGGACUGGACAGACUCCAAAAAGUCCUCGCCAAAGAAUGGCCUUGAGCAGACUGCUGAUCAGAAGGAGCUACAUGGUCUGGAGCAGCAGCCCUGCGACACCUCGCUAAUGCUGCCCCAGUUGCAGGCCCCGGUGGGCGUGGUUCUGGACGGCGUUAAUGUGGGCCGGGGUUAUGGAGCCGUGGAGGGUGAAGAUCAGCGGCACUUUGAGAUCCGCACACUGUCAGUGGACGUGUGGCACAUCCUGGAGUUCGACUACAGUAGGCUGCCACGGCAGAGCAUCGGCCAAUUCCAUGAAGGGGACACGUAUGUCGUCAAGUGGCGGUAUAUGGUGAGCGCUUCAGUUGGAAAGAGGCAGAACCCAGAACGGGUGGCAGGUGCUGGGAAGGAGAAGUGCUGCUACUUCUUCUGGCAGGGCCGCAACUCCACAGUGAGCGAGAAGGGGACAUCUGCGUUGAUGACAGUGGAGCUGGAUGAGGAGAGGGGUGCACAGGUUCAAGUCCAGCAGGGAAAGGAACCGCCAUGUUUCCUGCAGUGCUUCAAUGGUGGAAUGAUUGUACACUCUGGGAAAAGAGAAGAGGAGGAGGAGAAUACACAAAAUGAGUGGCGUCUCUACUGUGUGCGAGGGGAGGUAUCUAUGGAGGGACAUCUGCUUGAAGUGGCAUGCCACUGCAGCAGCCUGCGCUCACGGGCCUCCAUGAUCCUGCUGAGUGUCAACCGCGCCACCAUCUACCUGUGGCAUGGCUGUAAGGCACAGCCACACACACGUGACGUGGGCCGCACUGCUGCCUGCCAGAUAAAAGAGCACUGUCCACUGGAGGCGGGACUACACAGCAGCAGUAAAGUGACCAUAAAUGAGUGUGAUGAGGGGGUGGAGCCUGUGGGCUUCUGGGAAGCCAUAGGGAGGAGGGACAGGAAAGCAUAUGACUGCAUGCUGCAAGAUCCUGGGAAGUUCAACUUCAUACCACGACUCUUCCAACUGAGCAGCUCUUCGGGAGAGUUUGCUGCCACAGAGUUCUUCUAUCCAUCCAGGGUCCCAGGGCUGGUCAGUGCUCUGCCCUUCCUGCAGGAAGACCUGUACAAUGCCAGCCAGCCAGCGCUGUUCUUAGUAGACAACCACCACGAGGUUUACCUGUGGCAGGGCUGGUGGCCCCAGGAUGCCCAAGGCACUGGCUCUGCUCGCAUUCGAUGGGAUGCAGACAGGAAGUGUGCAAUGGAGACUGUGCUGCAGUUCUGCAGAGAGAAAAAUGAGAAGAAGCCCCCAAAGGCAUAUCUGAUCCAUGCAGGCCUGGAGCCCCUGACCUUCACCAACAUGUUUCCAAGCUGGGAACACCGGCAGGAUAUCGCAGAGAUCACUGAGCAGGAGGCGGAGGUGUGCCAUCAGAUCAUCCUAGUGGAGGAUGUCCUGGCCAGGCUGUGCAAGGCCACCUACCCGCUGGAGGAGCUGCAGGCACGCCCUCUCCCCGAGGGUGUGGACCCUCUCCACCUGGAGCAUUAUCUUGCAGAUGAGGAUUUCGAGGGUGUAGGGGCUUCUGGGAAGAAAGCGUUGGAGAUGACGAGGGACAUUUUCGAGAACCUGCCAGCUUGGAAGCAGGUGAAAGUGAAGAAGGCUAAAGGAUUGUUUUAAGAGGAGGGGCAGGCCUAUGUUCAGCCCCUGUUACUGUUGCUAGGGGUUCUUUGGACCCCCUCUGCCACUGAACACUUUUAUCCCUCUCCUUCCAUUUCUCAAAUGUUGACUCGGGGCAGAAACUCAAUCUGGCCUCGGUGUGAGGAGGGUUGGGAAGUUGAGGGUUUGAGGAACUGAUUCCUAGACUCCUGGAGGUCUGCCAGCCUCUUGUAGCUCUUCUGUGACCUCCACCCCCCCCCCCCCCCCCCCUUUAUUUCCCACUUUUCAUUUGGCAGUGUUUGAGAGAGAGAAUGCUUUGUCCCCCCCCCCCCCACCUCCAAAAUGGGCAUUUUUGAGUUUGGUUUUAUAGGCAUACUGUGGUACCUCACAUGCACUUACAUCACCAGCCACACUGCACAUCCCAGAGCCACUGCUGCCUGCUGACUGCACUGCACUGCACCUCUCUUGAAGGUGAUGCUUUCGGCGUGUUCAGUCAUUCUGUGUAACUUGUAUUUUAUAAAUGCCUUACAUUAAAACACAGUAUUCCGUGAAGAGUAUGUACACUUCCUUGAACGGUUAUGGUAUGUUAAGUAGUAGACAAGACAUCAGAGUGGUGAGGAGGAGCUGCUGUUGCCAUGUGUGGUGCGUGCCAUUUCCUGCACCCUGAAGUGGGUUUCCACAAGUCCCCUCUUUCCUCUCAGAUUCUUGAAUCAAAGAAAUUGUAUUUAAUAGUGUGUAUCUGCUAAGGAAAAGUUUCUAUAUAAAAGCAAUGUAUAGUGCCUUGCUUUUUGUGUACAGUUUAUAUACAGAAAGUCUGAAUUUUGAGGCCUUUCUUUGUGAUAUAAAGAAUUCAAAAAAUUAAAUAAACA